AUGCCUUUCCCUCAAACCCUCGAGGCCAAGCCUCGAGUCAUCUUCUUCACCGACUUCGAUGGCACGAUCACGCUCCAGGACACCAACGACUUCAUCACAGACAACUACGGCAUGGGCUACGAGCAGCGGCGGAAGCUCUUCCGCGCCGUCAUCGACAAGACCGACAACUUCCGCAACACGUUCCAGCAGAUGGUGGACUCGUGGAACAUGCCCUUCCCGCGCGUCCUGGAGAUCCUCAAGGAGAACAUCAGCCUGGACCCGGCCUUUCGCGACUUUGUCCUGUGGGCCCGCGAGAAGAAGGUCCCCGUCAUCGUGCUGAGCAGCGGCAUGGCCCCCGUGCUGGAGGCCCUGCUGAAGCAUCUCCUGGGCGAAGACCUGAUGCAGGACCUCGAGAUCGUGGCCAACGCGACGCAGUUGCGCCCGCCCGAGAACUCGCUCGACAAGCCCAACGGCUGGACGAUCCAGUACCGCGACGACUCGGGCUUCGGACACGACAAGUCUCUCACCAUCCGCCCCUACGCGGAUGCGAUCGCAAAGAUGCCCGCGCACGAGCGACCCACCCUGCUGUACGCGGGCGACGGUGUCUCGGACCUGAGCGCCGCGCGCGAGACAGACCUGCUCUUUGCCCGAGAAGGCAUGGACCUUGUGACGUACUGCGAGCAGGAAGGCAUCCCCUUUACCGAAUUCAGUGGCUGGGACAGCAUCCUCGAGGAGACAAAGGAUAUCUACGAGGGCGUCAGGACCGUCAAGAAUCUCGCCGAGGAGGGUCUGCGCAGACACCGGACCAACUCUAUCGAGUCUCACGGGGCGGUGAAGCCGACCAUCAGAUGA